UCGCAAAACACUCCAAAUAAAUAAGAAAUAACGUUAAAUUCCAAAAUUCCAAAUUUAUUCCUAGCAUUGUUAUAAAAAAAAAGAGGUAAAAUAUGGAACAGUUAUUCAGUUUUUGACAUUUUUGAAAAUUUUUAAUAUCAAUUCCUAAGUUUACAACAGGAUUUUUAUGUUUUUAGCAAACCUUGGCAAAAUAUUUUCACUGACAAACAGUUAGUUUUGUCAAAAAUAUCUUAAUUCCAAGAGUUUAGUUCAAUUUUAGUAUGAGAAAAUGGGAUAGAUUCGGUUUACAUUCAGAGUAUUAACAAAUGACAUCAACAUAAAUAUGCAACAAAUUCUAUGCACUAAAGUAUGUGAAUUUAAUAACAAACUCAGUGACAGUAAGCUCAAAUUUAACUAAAUAAAGUUAACUAUAGUGUUAAAAUUAGUAAUAAAUAACGAUUUACAACUUUGACCUCUGUAAAAAAUGAGACACGGGAUUUAUCACGAAAAACAGGUAAAAUCCUUAUGUGCUCUACACGCCCUUAAUAAUCUGUUCCAAGAUGGGAAGGCUUUCAAACAAGAGGACUUGGACUUGAUAUCACAUAAUCUCGCCCCUAAUUCAUGGGUGAAUCCUCAUAAAUCGGUACUAGGCCUCGGGAAUUAUGACAUUAACGUGAUCAUGUCCGCCCUGCAACUAAAAAAUUAUGAAGCUGUCUGGUUCGACAAAAGAAAAGAUCCAUCAGACCUGAACUUUGCCCAUGUAUUUGGAUUUAUACUUAAUGUCCCCAGCGAUUGCAAAUUGGGUUGGCUGGCCCUUCCUAUUAAACGCAAGCACUGGGUCGCAAUCAGAAAUAUUCCCUCCCCCACAGAAAAAGAAGCUGGUCGACAUCAAUAUUAUAAUUUGGAUUCGAAAUUUGACAACCCGGAAGCAAUCGGAACAGAUGCAAAGCUCAUCGAAUAUUUUCGAGACGAGUUAAAAUCCCCAGAAAAGGAACUGUUCCUCGUGAUUUCUGCGGAAGUGGGACGCACAGAAAGUUGGAAACGAAAUAACAGCCUUGUUCCUAACGAAGGAUCUUCCUCCACGACACCCUUGCCUUCACUUGGGAAUUUUGGUGUUCACUUGUCAGAACCAAGCGACAAAGAGGAACGAAAAGGAUCUACAGACUCCGGAGUUGUGGAAACGCUCGAGUCCAUGGACAUGACUGUUAACAGUGACAUUAAUGUCGUGGAUUUGGAUAAAGAAGAUUUAAUGAGAAGGCAAAGUAGUGGAGUUUGGAGUGAUUUUAUGUGACACGACGAUAACAAUGAACAUCGUAGAAAAAGAAGAACUAAAUAAUCCACAGUUACGAAGGUCGUGAAAACCCACAAUAUUUAGAGCAGCAGCUUGCAGAGAUUUAAAUUACUUAAGAACAACGCACGCACGAGACGAAAACAACCUUGACCAGGACUAAGGAUGCAAUAAUAAUAGAUCGUCCUAGAUGCACUAAUUCAUUCUUGAGUUUUUUGUUUCACCUUUCUCGUAAGACUGAACCAGUUUUGUAUUGAGGAUGGAUUACAAAAUUCAGGAAAAUUGUACAUUUAAAUGUGAAUCAAAAAUGUAUAUUUCGAAUUUAUUUAUCCUACUAGUAAAUUUGUGCGUGUUGUGGUCAAACCAAACAAGUCUGACUCUGGCGUUUGUACGAUCAUUUAAAAAAAGACUCAAAAAGAGAGUAACAAAAUCUUACAUUACUGUGUAAGCUGACUGUUUUUAACGGGAUACUGAGCAAUCCAAAGAUUUCAAAAAUAUGAGUAUUACCGACUUGAUUAUUACUUGCCAUGAAGAAUGUUUUAUUAUUAUGAAAAUCGAACCAGAAGGGAAUUUUGUCUAGAUUUAUAGGAUGUUGUUUUGCACUUGCCAUUUUUUGCAUGAUGAUGUCGUAUCGUCCGUCGUUUUUAUUGUUGUACAAAUUCGAAAUAGAGGAGAAAGUCAAGGUUGGAUCAAUGUUCAGAUGAUAGGAAAGUGACCUGAAAACUACAGCUUUAAAAUUACUAGUGAAUUUAUGCAUAAUCUUGAUGGUGUAUGUAUGUGUGUACUGUUUGUAAAACGUGUUCCUUAAUAAACUUGUAAUGAGUAAGUAAUAAAUGUACUAGUAACAAAUGGAGGCUUCA